AUGGUGCCGAGCGUGGGGGAUGUCUCGGAUAAGCCUGCUACGGCGCAACAGCAGGGAACGGACGCGGUGUUCCCAGUAUCGGUCAAGAACAGCUGGACGACUGUGCAGGGCCGAAGCGGGAGCAUGUCGUUCAACGACGCCCUCAAACCCCUCACGGCCGGCAAACUCCCACCCGCCAUCGCCGCGCCCGACGGCUCCGACGCCCUCCAAGCCUCCUACCCCGCCAACACGGUCAAAUACUCGUCUUCCACAGGCCACGGCUACUCCUUCUACACCCAAGGCGCACACGCCGGGGUCGACGUCACGACCGCGACCGAGGUCCUCUUUUCGUAUUCCGUCUACUUUUCCGACGGCUUUGACUUUGUCAAGGGCGGCAAGCUACCCGGUCUGUAUGGCGGAAAGACGCUCGAGGGCGCCAAGAGCUGUUCCGGAGGAAGGCAGGACGAGCGGGACUCGUGUUUCUCCGCAAGGAUGAUGUGGCGGGCGGACGGCGCGGGAGAGUUUUACAACUACCUUCCUGUCUCGGGCAAACAGCCGGAUGGGUAUUGCAGUAUCGCGCCCAAGAGCGUUUGCGAUGCCAAUUAUGGAGAUUCCAUCGGCCGAGGAUCCUUCUACUUCCCAACCGGAAAAUGGACCACCGUCACGCAACGUCUCCGCCUCAACUACCCGUCCUCGGAAUCCAACGGCGAGCAGGAACUCUACGUCGAUGGGAAAUCCGUCCUCAAAGUCUCUGGACUCCAGAUUCGCAUGAGCGACGAAACCAAGAUUUACGGAAUUAUGGCCCAGACGUUCUUUGGCGGGUCGGACCAGAGCUGGGCGAGCCCAAAGGACCAGUGGGCUUGGUACAAGGACUGGAGUCUGGGCGUUGUGUACUAG